AUGGAGGAUGGAAACAAACAGCCACACACAUUUGGGAAUGGACCGCAGAGAACUCACCACCCAAGACCUUUCUUCUACGUCCAGCCUCCAUCUCAACCUUAUUACGUCUACCAGCACUGGCAGCUGAACAACCCUUACAGUCACUAUGGUUUGCCUGGAGGUUUUAAUUACAACCGUCCCUGCAUGCCUCCCUACCAGUACAUGCAGUACCCCGGCUACGGUUACCCACAGGCUCCCAUGUAUCCGGUUGACAACAGGCGCAUGUUUGAGCCUCGGUUCCACGCCCCCCCCUGGAGCCAGCAGCCUUACUCACAACCUCACAUGCAUCGAGAGAUGGCCUGCUCAGAGGCCCAGACGGACCCCAGCGAUGCUAUAACCAAGCUGAUCGAGUGCCUGGAUAAAAUCCGAGCCAACGAGCUGCAGGGCGCCGAGAGAGAACUGGACUCUGGUGUCGCCUCCCAAUCCUCGGGCAUGUUUUCUCCGGGGGAAGAGAAGAAGAGUGAAGGUCAGGGUCACGUCCUGACUCCAGGGCCGGAUGACAGUCCUGCCGUGACCUUCAGUGACUCCACAACAGCCGUGUACGAUGCGGAGUCCAGCCACAGGAGCCUGGACGCCCUGAGCCCUCAGGGAUGCUGGUCAGGAGCCUUGGAGGAAGAUCUGCCCCUCGACAGCUCCUCUGUCCAUGAAGACUGCCCAGAGCUGGAGCAGCUGGUGGAGGAUCAACACUUUCCCCCCCUGGAGAGCGAAGAGGUCACAGAUAUCCAGUCAGAUGUCUUUGUGACUGAUCCAAGCGUUCCCAGAUGUGAGGUUGAAGAUCUCCUGAAGUCGUCACUAGCGCCUUCCUUCUCCAGUCAGCCUGUCCUCAAGGAACCUAAGAGCAGCGACACCGCCUCCAAGUCAGAACAUCAGGCAGCUUCUCGAGAUGAAGCCAAAUCAGAUGCAAGCUACCAGAUCCUCAGGUUGCCCUUUGAGAGCAUUUUGACGCCUGGAGCUGCCGGCGCCGGCCGCCUCUCCUCCCCUGCAGCUCCCUACUUCUACAACUACCUCUCCAUGCAGAGCACGCACGAGCGCAUGAGCGUCCUCAGUCCGUCUCUGGACGAGCUGUCCUCCAGGGACGAGAUGUUCUCCACAGAUCUGGACGACGUGGAGCUUUACCCCAAACACGUGUACUCGGGCCGGAGGCUGGCGGAGGUCGUGGGUGCGUCGCCUCAAGAAGUAGAAGAAGUGUGGCUGCCGGGUUCCAAGAGGUUCAUGUGCGCCUGCUGUGGGAGAAACCUGGCAAAGGGUGCAGGUCGUAACAAAGGCCAAAGCUCCACGGUGUACAGAGACGAAGCCGGGGACUCUGAGGAGGAAGGCAGGUAUGGAAGAGGCUGUGAGCAGCCGGUCCGGGUGGUGGUGAGGAAGCAUUCUGCACCCAGGAAGCCUCACGCUGUCCCACCGAGACUUCCAGCAAAACCCUGGUAUAAAAGAAACCAGUACAAAGACGCCUCGCAUCCAUUCGACCAGGACGGAGGUCACGACCUCUGCAAGCAGGACGCAGCUGGGGGGGAGCUCGGAGCCGUGACUGGCAGCGAGCUGCAGUUCAGAACAUGUGAGGAGCGAGUCUGCAGAGAAGAUCUGACCACAGAGAAGAGCAGGUGGGCGGAGGGAGAGGUGAUUCCCAGGAGGAGACAAGGAGCCGCUCUGCCACGACAAGAGAUGAGUUCUCAGAGGAAAGUGAUGUACCAGCGGCCGAGAGACGAGGACAACGACGACGAGCCGCCUCCGCUGCACUGGGAGAGAGGCUCGACCAUGAGAGGAGAACCAAGAUGUUAA